UCGUCUUCCUUAGAGGAUCAUAGAGAGGGUUCGGCACGGAUGCUUCUGUUUUUCCGUAGAGCUCCGGUUGCGUUGUGCAUAUAAAGGGCGCUGCGGAAGGCACCGAGGGAGGCUGGAGAGGGAGAGAAGGGCUAAGUCCAAGUUGGCCUAAGUUUUGCUUAUUUUUUUUCCAUCCAUCGAUUCAUCCAUUCUCCACCCCGCUGCAAGAGACCCACUGAACGGCCACUUUGUCUUGUGUUUCGUAUUGCAGUGGUAAUGCCGCUUAAGGCAGUGCCUCAGAAAGAAUGCGCUUUAUAUGGAUCGCCUUUCUGACAGAAGCAUGCCUUUUGACUCAGAAAGUGCUAUAUUAAUGUUGCAUGUUACGCUCUGGGUUUUGUAUAAUUCUGAAAUAACAAAACCCAGGGAUCGAUACAGUGGUAUUUUAUGUGGCGAUCAUUUUUUUCACUCGCAUAAACUUGGGAUAAGAUACUGUGAAGUUGGCAAGUGUGUUUGGAAUGUAUUGAAUGUUAUUAGUGAUCAGUCAUGAAAGUUAACACUUUUCAAGAAGUUUCUACCGUUUAUCUUUUGUUUUGCUGUUGUUAUUUGACAAUUGCAUGGACAUAACUCUCAAGUAAGAUAAAUUGAUAAUGCUAAAUAGGUUGAUACAGAUGUAUUUUUUUUAAUCAUGCAUACUGCUUUGCGUGAUUGUGUAUCUCCCACAUAUCAGGCUUGCCUUCCAGGCACUGUCACUGCCAUAAGCUCAAUUAUCACCCAAAUACACCUUUUAACUGUAGAGUCUGCUAAUCAAGCUGCACUUUCUCAUCUAGCCUGUCAGCUGAAUAUUUUAGAAAGGAAGUAUUUUUGACAACUUUUUCUACGCUGAAAUAUUGUACUUUGAGAUACUGUCUGCUAAAAUAUUUUCUCCAAUGCCUAAUCUGAAGUUUUAUAUGUAUGACUUCAACCGGCUGUGGAAUCUUAAUGCAUGUAUGAUUCCAUUAGUAUGUUCUCCUCACCCUCACUUCUGAAUGUUAAAACAAUUUCCAGUCUUACAAUAUUUAAGUCCUCAAAUUUCUCUCCCUACACUCAUCAGAAUAAUGAGAACUAUUUAUUUUUCAUAACAUACUUGAGAUUUCCUUGAAAGGUUGUCCUCUGGUGAAACUUUGGUCCAGUUGCCAUGAUUUAACCUAUUCAGAUACUUUUGGCCUGGAUGAUUUACAUAAUUCUGGUGAGGUAUUUUUAACAUUUUUCAUUUGUAAAUAUUAUCCCCUAAUUAAGAGAUUCCAAAGUAUGCCAAAAGAGUAGUUAUUGUACUGUAUAUGCCACCUUUCCUCCAGCAGUUUAAGGUGGCUUAUAUUGAAAGUAUCCUUAUCUUCCCUCACAGUUACUCAGUGAAGUAAGAUGGACUGAUUAAAACUUGCUAGAUAGCUUGUGUGAUACAUCAAACACAAGCAAUGCAUUUUUUAUUUACUAAUUUUAAAAAUAUGCAUGUUGCUCUUCAUUUUCCCAGAAUAAAAUGCUAUAUAUAUAUAGAAAACAAAUAUAUAUAUAUAUGUGUGUGUGUGUGUGUGUGUGUGUGUGUGUGUGUUUUCUGAGGUUUUCGCAGGUGUUUGUAUGUAGGUCUUUGGUUAUUCGGGUAUAACCAAAUAUACUUAAGCAUUCUAAACAUUUUUGUUCUUAUGAAUUUAUAAUUUAUUUUAAAAAAUAUUGCUCUUAAAAGUAACCUUCAUCCAGUUAUCCUUAGUAGUCUUAAAUCUAGUUAGUGAGAAUUAGUUUUCCCUUUCUAAUACAGAAUUUUACCAGGUUGAUGGAUGAAUGUAAAUAUACAAAAACUAGGGAUUUUUGUAUCGAUCAUCAUUGGGCCUUUCUAUAUGUUGAAUCACACAUAUGCUUAUACAUUGAAUCAUAUGUUGAAAGGAAACAUUUGGAUCAUCAAUUUCUAUCCCCUUACAGUGGGGAGUAAAGCAUUCCCAAUAGAUGUCUAUCUGAACAUAUCCAAUAUAGAACAACAUGUUGUCUUCCUGGGAAGUUCAAAUAAUUCUUACUGUUAAAGUUGUUUCUAAUAUUCAGUUCUAAAAUGAUGAACAAACAUGUGGCCUAUUUCUGACAUCCUUUGACAUAUUUGAAAAGUGCUGUUAUAUUCUCUCUUGAGCAUCUCUUAAGAGUAAACUCUUUAUGUUUUCACUUUCACUUGUCUUGCUAAAUCCUAGUUUAUAGUGAUUUCAUCUUCCUUUUUGGCUAUAUCAUCAGCAAAUUCUUUUCUAUGAUGUCAUUAAUUUAAACCUGGACAUUUAAAUUCAUUCAGAAUAUACUCUAUGUGCAUAUUCUAUCACUAUCAAGAUUCAAUCCUGCACAACAUUUUCCUUUAGAAAAAUAAAAUGGAAAAGCAACAUGUAACGAAGAGGAAAUCAAUGUGACUAUUGCCAUCCCAUCUGGGCUCAAAACAAGCACAAAAAUUAUUCCUCCAUCCAUUUGGAUUGGACUAAGUGACUAAAUUUGUGCAAUGAGCUUUCAGAAAAAAACACAAUAGAUGGGCAUCGUUGUAUUAAUACAACUAGGAGAACAGCAAGAAUGCUAAUUAUGUUUAAAUAUCUUAUUUGAUAUAUUUUAAUACAGAUGAAUAAUGUAUUAAGUUAUGAUUUAACACUUUAAUGCAUCUGAAUAGGUUCACACAGCAUACUAAGCCAAAAUUUUAAAAAAUGGUUUAACAUAGCAUCUGAAUUCACUGCAUGAACUUCUAGAAUGUAUGAGUUCAUAUAAAUCUUGACCUAUCUUUUUUCUUCCAAGAUCUAAUUAGAUUCUAAUUAGAUGUUUCAGCCUAAAAUAUACCUUAUUCUCCUAUAUAGCCCAGUCUAGUGUCCAUUCCCAUUCCCAGCUUAACCACUGUAAUUACCAACAUACAUUUGCAAUGUUACUUACACCAAAGUAAUGUUAAACUAAUGCUACAUAAAUUAAAAUUCUUUGCCUGAGAUGCUGUUUUUAUUACCUCGUGUGUUUUUUUUUUACUCGAAUUCAGAAACAUUUGUGAGACAAAUGUUGAGCUUAAUUUUUCGUUUCCAUUGUUGCCUCCACCAGAUCAUUUCCCUAUACCCGUUCAAUUGAGAGAGAAACGAUAAUAUGGGAGGCUCAAAGACCAAUUACAGAGAAGAGUUGAAAAUGCCCACUGCGUUUUUGAAGUGUCCCAUGCAUGAGACUGCAAUUCCAAUCUUUUGAUGCUUAUGAAUCAAGGGACUUCAUAUUUAACUGAUAUAGUGUGGUGGUCAGGUACUAUUGCAAUGGCGCUUGGCCAGAUUGGGAAUUUCUUAGCUUAUACUGCAGUUCCUACUGUUCUGGUGACUCCACUUGGAGCACUUGGAGUCCCAUUCGGGUCCAUUUUAGCUUCCUAUCUACUGAAAGAAAAACUGAACAUUUUAGGCAAAUUGGGCUGCCUCUUGAGUUGUGCAGGUUCUGUUGUUCUCAUCAUUCAUUCUCCAAAGUCUGAAAGUGUCACCACUCAGGCUGAGCUUGAAGAAAAACUUACAAAUCCAGUAUUCGUGGGUUACCUCUGUAUUGUGCUUCUCAUGCUGCUUCUACUUAUCUUUUGGAUUGCACCAGCCCAUGGACCCACUAACAUUAUGGUUUACAUCAGUAUUUGCUCAUUGUUAGGAAGUUUCACUGUGCCUAGUACAAAAGGAAUUGGACUGGCUGCUCAAGAUAUCUUUCACAAUAAUCCAUCAAGUCAAAGAGCAUUGUAUCUCUGUUUGGUUCUGUUAGCAGUAUUGGGGUGUAGUAUAAUAAUUCAGUUUAGGUACAUCAAUAAGGCACUAGAAUGUUUUGAUUCCUCAGUGUUUGGUGCCAUCUAUUAUGUAGUAUUCACCACUCUUGUCUUGCUGGCCUCAGCCAUUUUGUUCAGAGAAUGGAGUAAUGUUGGUGUUGUUGACUUCUUGGGGAUGGCUUGUGGGUUCACCACUGUAUCUAUUGGAAUUGUUCUUAUACAAGUCUUCAAAGAAUUCAAUUUCAAUAUUGGUGAUUUGAAUAAGCCUAAUAUGAAGACCGAUUAAAUUUUUAAUGCUCAAGGGAAUUGGGUAAUCCAGAGAAUGAUAGUGUCUUCAAUUUUUAGGCCACAGAAAUGAUAGCCUUUAAUUUCUAAACUUUAAAUAACACCGCCUUUCAUUCCUUGCUGGAAUAUGUGAAAUGAAUUAGUGUUCUUAAUUCAAUUUCUUAGAACUAUUGUCAUGCUUUGUAUCUUAUGGUAUCAAAUGAUUUUAUAAACCUCAUAGCAAGUAGGACAAGAAUUGCAUCACCACAGAAGCUGAUGUAUUUCUUUAUCCUUAAAGAUUAUCUAUGUAGUGUAGGAUUGAAUUAUUUUGGUCUAUGAAGAACCAGGAAUCUUUUCAAAUGAUUACCCCAAAUCUUCUGGCUGUGUGAAUCAACUGUCAACAUUUGUGUUUAAAACUGAGCAGGUGUCAUGAGUGAUCAACAGCCCUUUUUAAAAAUGUAGAUGCACUUCAAAUACUAGAUUGGGUUUUCUUUCUAUUUACCUUCACAGUUAUGAUUCAGAUUUCAGUAUUUUUCCAGGUGUAUUUGAAGAUUCCACAACGGUUGCUACAGAUUGUGUGUUGAUAUGGUUUGUUCUUUCUCUACCUUUGUAAUUUGGACCGAUGAUAUAAUUAUGUCCAAAACUGGGGCAGUGUGUUUAUAUCUUAACAUAUGUUCUCUCUCAUACCAGCUCACAAAGUUGCUCACAAAUCUAAGUAAAUACAGCACUUAGUUGACAGCUACGCCUCUUGUUCACAUGAAUCACUUAAUGUAUGUCAACAUAUUACAUUAAUUCAGGAGCUUUUACUUAAUAUAAAACAAUGUGAGGAAUGUGUUAGAUCAUAACCACUUUCUACCUUUUUUGGUAGAUCGUUUGUAAACAGCUGGAAACUACUUCAGUGCCUUUUCUAUUAUAAUAAGAUCACUUUCAUGGGACAGUUCAUGUUCUCUAAUAUUUGGGUGUCCUAAUGCUUAUCAAUCUAACAAAGCAGAGACACUAAUACUAUAUUUGAAUUAUUAUGGGGUAACUUCUAUGCAUUUCCAACUGGUGUUUGUUUAGAACAAAAGUAUUCUAUUAUAGUAGUAUUCAAUUAUGUUCCCUAGAAAGUUUUCUCUAACGGAUUCCAGUAAACUAUUGUGUAGCAUCUUUUGUCAGCUUUUGAACUGGCAAUUUUAGAGGCAUUAUAAAGGAAUUUGUAAAAGGAAAGAAAAAUGUUGUUCGGUUCAGGGAAUAUCUAAGUGAUUCUUCAGCAGGCCCUGGAAAUUGUUGUCACUCACUUAAAAGAACAGAGAAAAGCAAUGGGGGUUCUGUUUCCACAAUACCAGUGUAUCUCAAUCUUGGCAACCUUAAAAAGUGUGAACUUCAACUCCCAGAAUUCUGGAAGUUGAAGUCCACACAUUUUAAAGUUGUACUAAGUAUAAAAACCUCAGUAUAAAAAACUGCUAAAUUAAAAGAACAUUUUCUGAUUCAGAAACUAAGGGUUGUCUUUUUCCUAGGUAAUUUGUUAGAUUUGAUUCAAUUGUGUUUACAGGUUCUCAAUCUGACUUGAAUUAACAAUAGUGAAGUCUGUUAUAGAAAUAGCAGGUUCAUGUGGUGUCAAAGAAAUACUAUAUAGAUAGGUACAUGAAUACUUUGCCAGAUAAGGUUUUAUUAUUCUGUAUGCCAUUUUGUUGAACUUUUAAGCAUGCAUUACUUUUUAAAAUCACUGCAUUUGAAACUUCUGAACUCAGGAGGCAUAUGACCCAGAAAUAUUUGUGAAGGAAUGAGAAAUCAUGUGCCCAGUACAAACUCUGCUCUUAUAUACUUUGGGAUGUCAUGAUGCAAGUACAAAAUAUUGACACUUGUGUCAUUACGUUGUAAAACAUUUUAUUGUUUUGGCAUCAUCAAAAUUAGGAACAGACUCCAACUAAUGUCAUUGGUGUCAAUUUGCACCUUCAAGCAUUUUUAAGCAUACUUUAUCUUCACAAGUAGUUUCUGACAAUAACGUUGUUUGCAGUGCAGCCACAAGGUUGUACAGAAUGGCUGUUUUUCUCAAUAUAAGUAAUCAGUGUAGAAAUCUUAUGAUUCCUUUUAAAUUCUGAAAAUUGCAAAUUGUAGAUGACUUUCCAAAAUAAGAUAGCUUACCAGACAUGCCUUUUUGCAUGUUAGAGAUAAAGACGGUUUGACUGUAUUUAUGUAUAGUAUAUAUAGUAUGUAUUUUAAAAAGAUUAAAACUAAUAGCUAGUUGAACACUUGGAACCUUAAAUAUCUGAGAAUGCAUUAUGGGUGCAGCCAAAAUGGGACUUCUCAUUUCCUGUAAUGGACACCAUGGGAAGGAAAAUGUGCAUCAGAAUAUAGCUGGUCAUAAAACAUCAGUUUAACAAAGAGCAACAGGGACUAAUUCCGUUUACCACAUUGUGUUGUUCCCACUAUUCAAGUUGACUUUUAUGGUUGUUAUGGAUGGGUAGACAUGCAUCAGAACAAACCAUUGGCCUACAGUCACAUACCCGUUUUUUAUUUUCUGAGAAUACCUGUGAGGCUAUGUAUUGGACUCAGAGAAAUUUCUUUGGAAAUAAAUCAUGCUGAAGUCUACCUUUCCUCUAAAACAAAACACACACAUAUAGUCAGAUGGGGCAAAGAGCCUAAAGGUAGGAGUCCAUAGACAGAGUGGCUUCUUCCCCCCAUUUGAUUUAGACAUCAAGUCAUGUUUGAACUGGACAGAUCUCUUUCACCCUGUACAUAUAUGGGAUAGAGGAAAUGCAUGCUAUAACUUCAACAUAAUGGCAGUCAAAAAUAACUUCCAAAGUAACCUUUAAUCAACUUUUAAUGUGCAAACACUGGUUUGGCUUGCUUAUUUAUUUAUUUAUUUAUUUAUUCAUUUAGGAAAUAUCCAUUUUAUCUUCUCCCAAAUGGUUUUAGGUAGCUUACAAGGCAGUCAUUAUUUCUAAAAGUCAUGAAAAUCUUCCUGCAAUGUGUGGCAUGUACAGAGAGGUUAGAAGAAACACGUUAAUAUGGAGGAGAUAAAAAUGUUUAAGUCUCUCCAAUUACUUGAAGAGAAUUUUGCUUGAGCUGCGAACCAUUCACUAGGUAUCAUGCAUAUCAAAGAAAACUCUAAAUGUUUAUAGCAUUUUGGUCUAACAAGUUGGUAUGAGCUUUUAGCUCCUGCCCUUAAUCAGUAUUCAUAUUCAGAAUCUAUUAUUACUUAAAACUAUUUUCCAAUGUUACUUUUUAAACAAAAUAUGCUUGACAGUCACAUUCUAGCUUUUCAAUUUGGGUGAUUUCAGUUUUAUUUUCUUUGACAUAUUUAGGUACAUGGUUUGACUUUUCUAGAAAUCAUCACAAAUUAUAGCUUAUUAUUUAUGCCACUUUUCCCUCUGUGAAGAAAUACACAUUUAAAAUUGUAUACACAUUUAAAAUCUUUCAGCUGUUCUUUAUUGAUUGAGACAUUUACUAGGACAUCUUGGCUGGGAUAACUAACAUUUGUUUGGAAUGUUAGGAAGGAUGUUACUGUCCUCUAAAUAAAAGCUUCAGGGCAAACAUGUAUUUGUAAGCAGUGUUACAAUUUAGAAAUAGUUUUGGUUUAUAUGUAUAUAACAUUAAAGAGUAGAAUCUUGUUCUGACAAGUUAAAAUGUUUUAGAGAAACCAAGCUGUUACUAUUAAAAAAUCUUGAUCUAAAACGAUUAAACUACUAGAUGACACCUACCAGCCACCAACCCUAGCUAUGGCAGCAAUUAAUUGAGAAUCAAUUGACACCGUAACACAUUGCACUAAACCGCAUAUAGUUACUUUGGCUUUAGCUUCAUUUGCAUGAACUAGUCAUCAUAGCUUAUACAAUAAACUAUGGUGAACUGUGGGUAUGUGCCCUUGCCAUCCAAAUUUCUUUGUGCUGCUAUUACUCUUCACUAAGGCAUUAUUGAUAGAGAAAACUUUUUGAUAAGGAUGAUAUACAUAUUAUUUUGUGGUUUAGAAUCUUGGUUUUCACUUUGAUGCCUUUUAAGUUGAGACAGCCUUAUAGCUAAAUUCCAGGAAGUUGUAAUGUAUAUAUUGGCAUUCCAUGUAACUUAUAUCUGUAGCUUCUAACUUUUUAGAUGAUACAUAUAGAAAUAUUUAUUUUUGCUACUUAUUUUAACAAAUAGCAUUCUUUUUUCCCUUUUAAUUCUCUAGAAUAGUCAUCAGUAACAAUGAUGUUAGCACUGGACCUUACUUCCAUUUCCUGAUUUUUUUAAUGUAUCUUUUUUUGUUAAAAUUUUGCUGUUUUUUUAAGAUGCAGUGAUUAAAUUAUUAUAAUUUUAGGUAUGGUAUGCCAUACUGGGCAAUAAAUGUGCUGGCAUCUCUUGAAUGUUGGUCUUCCUUAAACCUCGAAAUACCCUUGCUAGGAUAUUACCUGAUUCAUAUACACUGACUACAUUGAUCACAUUCAUCAGGAGCAAACCAUGCUUGCCUUGUUAUGGGAAAUGUGAGUCUGGCUUAUAUAUAAUAGUACACAAAUUUGAUUGUUAAGGUAGAAAGAACAAAAGAACUAAAAAGGAACAUUCCCUGCAGUCAAAAGACUUCUGCAUUAUCAUAAUUUGUAGGCAGGUUGAUGAUAGAAUUAAAACUUAAAUUCUAACUCAUGUUUAUUAACAUGUUUUAAAUGAUCUGUGUGGAAAGCAUUAUACUACAAUCAAGUACAAUCUUAAAGCAUUUCAUUAUAAAGUAUAAUGAUUUACCAAAGACACUUUAAUUCUCUUGAGUAGCAUGUUCCAGAAUCUAUGUAUGUAACAUCUGAUACAGUUCUAUACAAACACUUUGGCUCCCAUAGCCAAAUUGCAUAUUUCAUUGAAUUCGGAAGUGACCAGAAACUAGCAUAAACUGUACAUGAUAUAAACAUUUUUUCUGCCAAUCUGAAUAUAUUGAUUAUUCAAAUCAAUUUUCACUCUUCUAUUAAAAUAUGCAUAAAAGUGCCAUGUUUUUUACUAUAUAGAGCCUAUGUUCACUUGUAAACAAUUUUAUAAAGUUAAAUUUGUUUACUUAGGAAUUCAUUGAAACAUAAUUUACUGGGGGAAGUGCUAAAUUUUUGCAGAAUUCAUAAGAAGCUUUAUAAAGACUAGAAAUUUAUGCUAAUUUCCUUGCAGGAUAAGAUUCAGAAUGGUGAACCAAAGAAAUUUAAAAGAAUGAGAAAAAAACUCAGAGUUAUAUGAACUUUAUACCAGCACCAUCCAUUAUAUUUGUCUGUACCUUUCAACCCUUAUAGAAAAUGCUGUGUUUAUCAUGUUCACACAUUGUUUCAUACAUUAACUUUUGCUCUUUGAAUUUCCCUUCCCUCUCUUUUUGAGAAUUUCAUCAGCUCAACUAACUAAAACAUCUCAAUCCUUUUCUUCCUUUCAGCCCGUUCACUCUUCCUUUAUGUAAGUCCUUGUUCAUUCUAACUAUACAACCUAAUCAUCUUAAAGUAGUUCUUUUGAGAUUCAGCCAUCUUGAUUAAACACCCAUCCUUUCUUGACCACUUUUUUUUCUUUUUUAACACAUUCUUCUUACAUUUCUAUUGUACUUAUCUAUUUCCUAAUAUAUCAAACUUUCACUUCAAUAUGACAAAGUGGGCAGAAACAAACUUUUAUAUACCACCAUAUUUAUCUCUUUCAACAAAUACUCCUCUUAAUAGAAAAUGUUGUCUACGGUACUACUGUUCUACCAGCAUUUGCAGUCUAAAAAUGUUUCCAUUUCUCACAUUUUCUACCAAUGUAUCUAAAUUCAUCACUCAGGUUUUCACCACUUAUAUAUAAAUAUUCACCUCUUUUUUGCUGUCAGACUACUUUGAUUACUAUUUGAUAUACCUGUGUUUUCCUGAAAAUAAGACUGGGCCUUAUUUUCUUUUGGGCUCCAAAAUAAGCACUAGGGCUUAUUUUCAGGGGGUCUAAUUUUUUUCCAUAUACUAGAGGCUCACUUCUUGCUUGCAGUGAGGCAGGAGGCAUACAGUCGCCAGUGCCACCACCGUGAGGCAGGGGGGUGGGGCUACCCCACAUGCCCCGCAUGGGCUUACCUCAAAACCCCCACAGCCAGGCCACACACACCCUAAUACCAGUCUCACCUCACGGCCAUGGGAUGAGCAUAUCACUCAGCCUCCUGCUUCGUUGCAGCUGCAAGUGGGCGGGUGGCCACAUGGGCUCCUACUGCACAUGGUUGUUGAUGCUACUGCCACGAGGCAGUUGCCAAGGUGUGGAUAGCCUGGCUGCGGGUACUCUGAGGUAAGCCGGUACAGGGCACAUGGGGCAGCUGCACUCCCCCGCCUCAUGGCCGUGGCACCAUGAGCAACCAGACAGAAUGUAUGGCCAGACAGCUGCACAAGCUCUUAAUUAGGGCUUAUUUUGGGGGCUUAUAUUAGGCACACAUAAAAACCAUGCAAGGUCUUAUUUUUGGGAUAGGUCUUAUUAUUGGGGAAACGGGUAUUUUUAUAUCUAUAUUUGUCACUAUUUCACACAAUCUAAAAUUCACUGCAAAUCUUUCAAGUUCUCAGCCAACAGCAUUGGACUAUUUCCAUACAAAAGUACAUUUAUAUUAAUUCCCAUUGAUGUAUUCUAGCUUCACUACAAACCAUUCUUCCAAAAAAAUAUUAAAUAAUCAAGUGAUGUAGUUUCUAUUUCAUUCCUUAGUAAUUAAACACUUGGUAAACAGAGUUAUUUUUAUGCAUGGUUGCCUUUUAUCUAUAGUAUUCUGUCACAUUCAACAAUUAACUUUCAGAUAUGAACUAAGGGAUUCAUACUUUCAUUAACAUCCACAAUAACAUUUGUGAGACAAAUUCAUACUUUCUGAAAGUAUUUGACAAAUACUUUCAAUACUUUUGAUUUACACCUUCACUUCUCUGUAUGCAUUGUUUAAGUUACCAUGGAUGAGGCAAGAACCUGCAUUACUCCAACUAAAUAAAACAACAUAUAAACCCAGAGCGGGUAUAUUCCAGGCUCAAGGUAGAGCAGAAAAAGGCCCAUUAAUUUGAAAGGACAGGGUGAAAUGUUUAAUAGUUAAACAUUGGCUUGAUUAUUUUGUUAUGAAUUAUUUAUUAUAUGUAGCUUCCAUGCAGAGGGAUCCUAGGAAUCAUACAUCCCUUUCUUUAAGAUAAAAAUUACAUAGCAAUAUCACAAAAGGACAACUCUUAAUAAAAUUACGAAGAAAAUGGUGGCCAUCAAGGAAUGACAAAAAACACAAUCUAGAGUGGAAGCCUCCGCUUCAUACCAGCUGCCCUUCCCAAGUUUUUACAACUUUUGUAAAAAAUCACUUCGAUGAAGGCUAGCUUCAGGAGGUAAUCCUUUCCAAAUUAGGAGUUGCAACAGAGAAAAAUCAAUUCUUUGAAUUCUGUAGAUGAUAGUCCUUAAGAGAAGAAACCUUUUCCUAUUUUACUUGAACUUAUUGGAUGAACAAAAGCUAUUGGGAGUAGGUGGUCCUGAAGAUAUCUAAGUCCUGAGCCAUUAAGUUCUUUACAUUGCAAAUAGCAUUUCGAAUUGCACUUUGAAACCAGGUGGCAGCCAAUGCAGCUCUCAAACUAGGAGCAUAAUUUGAAAGAACCUUGGCACUCGUAACAGAAUACAAGUAGUUGUAUUCUGAACUAGCUUAAGUUGCUGAAUAGUCUUCUGGGGCAGCUCCAUGUAGACCUAAUUGCAAUCAUCCAAAUAGGGUAUGUAAAGCAUGAGUCACAAUAAGCAGAACCUCCAGUUCCAAGAACAGUUAUACUUGGCAUAUUACGAUUGAUCUGUCUGCAGUAAAGUAAUUUAUCAGAAUGAAAUCCCUGCAGUUUUUGCUACUAUCAUAAUAUGUGGCUAAGUUGCUGUAAUGAUGAUAUAAGCAUCAGCUUUACUCCACAAAGACAGGUUAUCUUCAUUCAGGUCUAUUAGUCCUUAACAUAUGUUUUUCCCUCUUUCAUUUAUUAAUUCAUGGUCUUUAUCAUUUACUCCUUUUACAUCUCAAGUUCCAAUCUUCUACAAACCACAUUUAUAUUCCAUUGGAAAUGAUUCAAGAAAUGGCAUUAGUAAAUAGUGCUCUAUUGAUUUAGAGCUACUCCAGAGUUAUUUAUUUUGCAAGAUGUCUAUACCAUCUCCAUUGACAGACCCUUGAACAAGAUACAGGCUGCAAUAUGAAAUACACUGGAAUAGUCUUCAACUGUUAAUUCUGUGACAAGAAUGAAAAUUAACAUACGCACAAUUGUUCUGAAAAUGCCUCUUAAGCCUUUCACUACCCCAAAUAUCUUUCAAAAACUUGGUUGCUGAUUAUGUGGAUGUGAAAGAAAAAAUUGCUUGAUUUCAUAUAUAGUGAAACAUAAUUAUUAUGAAUUAAUUGGGGUAGCUGCCAAUUAUUCAAGAACUUCUAUUGAAUCAGAAUGGAGCACAGCAACAAUUGAAUAAAUAAUGCAAACUGAUGAAAAGUAUGCUGCUUGUGAGAUAUUAUUAAACAAAAUAAAUUGAAGAAAUUUGUUAAGCUGUACAUGUACUCUAAUGUUCAGGUACAAAGUUUGGUAAAAUGAGAUUUCACUGGAUAUGACAUUGCUUGGUUAUAAUUAAGCCCUGGAUUAAUCCUGAAUAUAAUUCUAUUGAAAAUGAAAUAAAGAUGAAAGAUGAAAAGACUAGAUUAAAAUGGAAAAGGAUGGACUACUUUAAUAUUCUAAAAGCAGACUUUAAAUAUGGCAGAGAUGUUUGGAAAGACAAAUUUACAUAUGCUGAUAAUCUGUAUUUCUCACUAUGGUUGGGAGUGCUUAAAUUCCUGCUUGAGAAGAGCAUUUUAAUCCUUUGGAGCAGAGGUCUCCAACCUUGGCCACUUUAAGACUUGUGGACUUCAACUCCCAGAGUUCCUCUUCAACUCCCAGAGGAAUUCUGGGAGUUGAAGUCCACAAGUCUUAAAGUGACCAAGGUUGGAGACCCCUGCUUUGGAGUACAAAUUAAACAUUGUAUAAAUUAUUAGGGGAAAAUAAUCUUAUGGAUAUUUUUCAGAAACACUAAGUAGGAAAUUUAACACAAUGACAUGCCAACCCCAUGUUAUUUCCCUAACCAUUAGCUUAAUGCUAUUUUAGCAGCACUUAUUAAAAAUUUACCAAUGUUUUCCACACAAUUUGUAACAGGAAACUAUGACCAAUCUUGGCUUCUGGGUACAUGUAUUUGUAUAGUGUGUGAAUUUUCAAUCAACUAUUUAUUAUACUUGUACACAUCUUCUAAAAGGUUUAUAAAACUAAAGAUGUCAGCAGAAGGUAAUUUCUGUUUUAAAGAUGUAUUUGCUUUUGGGAAAACAGUUUUUAUGUGAAGUCCAAUAACUAGAAGACUAAUUUGAUCCAUCUUUUACAUGUUGUGUAAUGUUGAGGAUGAGGUAGUGAUGAAAUAACAUGCUUUAAAUUAAUAUGUGGACAUAAACAGUGGAAUAGAUGGAGACAUGUGAGUGUUAGGCUUACUGCUUAAAUGCCAUUUGUUGCAAUAGAGUUAGAAGAAACAAAUUUAAAAAGGACUAUUUUAUUAGCUUCCAAAAUAAUGUGUAUAUAGAUUUGUUAAAUGCUCAGUAACUUUAGCUUUGCUUUAAAAAAAUAGAUAUAGGAAUGUUGUAUUUGCUCCUUAAACUAGCAAAUUAGCAAAGGCUAUUUAUUAAGGUUUCUGACAAUCUUAUUUGUUAAUCUGUAAUGUUUUAAAAUAAAAAAGACAUUUCUAA